UUUUCUACAUCUUUUAUUUGGACUUGCACAAGAUGAAUCAGACUUCAUGGUUGCAAUUUCCUCAAGUAAAAUGAAUUAGGUUGUUUAUUAUUUUUUUGAUCUUUUAAUAUUUGCUGCUUUUCAUUUGAGCUAAUAUGAUUGAGCUUUUGCUUUCCAAUGUCAGCCGUGCAUCAGAUUUUGGUUUGAUGAAAAUAGACAACAAAGGAAGGGUCAUCUCGUUCAGUGAAAAGCCAAGAGGAGAAGUUUUGAAAGCAAUGGAAGUGGACACUGCUAUAUUGGGGUUGUCAAGAGUAGAGGCAGAAAAAAAACCAUAUAUUGCUUCCAUGGGAGUGUACAUAUUCAAGAAGGAGAUACUUUUAAAUCUUCUAAGAUGGCGGUUUCCUACUGCAAAUGACUUUGGUUCUGAAAUAAUUCCUGCUUCUGCAAAUGAGUUCUUCAUCAAGGCAUAUCUUUUCAAUGAUUACUGGGAGGAUAUUGGGACUAUUAAAUCCUUCUUUGAAGCGAACCUUGCCCUUGCUGCACAUCCACCAAACUUCAGCUUUUAUGAUGCAACAAAGCCAAUAUAUACAUCACGCAGAAACUUACCACCAACAACAGUUGACAAUAGUAAGAUUGUUGAUUCAAUUGUUUCCCAUGGAAGUUUCUUGGACAACUGCUUGAUAGAGCACAGUGUUGUUGGAAUUCGAUCUCGAAUAAACUGCAAUGUGCAUUUAAAGGACACAGUUAUGCUUGGUGCUGACUAUUAUGAAACAGAUGCUGAAAUAGCAUCAUUGCUAGCUGAAGGAAGGGUGCCUAUUGGAAUUGGAGAAAACACAAAAAUAAGGGAAUGCAUCAUUGACAAGAAUGCAAGAAUUGGAAAGAAUGUGAUAAUUUCAAACUCAGAUAGGGUGCAAGAAGCAGAUAGAUCUUCUGAAGGCUUCUAUAUCCGAUCUGGCAUCACCAUCAUACUAAAGAACUCAACGAUUGGUGAUGGAUUUGUCAUAUAAUGCUCAAAUUUUCCUCUUUUUGGUCAACAAAGAAGUUUAGUACGGAAAUGGUGGAAACCACCAUAGAUAUUGCAUAUAGUAAUCCAAUAUCAGCAUGUACAUCAUUAAUGAGUAUACUGCUAUAUUGUGUGAAUAUUCUCCAUAUCCAUUGUUUUAGGGACUUCUACUAUCCAAAUGACCGUGCUUCAUACUUUCCAUUCUUCUAUAUCUAAAUAACAUUUUAUAUCAAAUGUAUUGGACUAAUCAUAAGAAUUUCAAGUCCAGGGCAGCUUUUAGCCUAUGCUAUCAUUCA